AUGUCCACAACUGAUUCGGGGUUCGUACUUUACCACUAUACGCCAAGUAAAGCGGCUGCAAUCGUAUUUGUCGUACUCUUCAUUAUAAUGACAGUCAUUUUUGCCGUUCAAACUUUAUAUGCUGCGAGAAAAUCUUCUAAGGCAUUGAAAAAUAAUCCAUUUGAGUCAUCUGAUGAUAAGGUCGAUAGUCUUGAGGAUGCUGAAUACAAGCAACUAAAAAUCACACCCACAGUUUUUGCGUUUAUACCUUUCUUCACUGGCUGCAUCAUGGAAGCUGUCGGGUAUAUCGGGAGGGCUCUAUCCAGUUCCAAUCCUGAAAGAACGACCCCAUAUAUUAUCCAAUCUGUUCUUUUAUUAGUCGCUCCAGCACUAAUAGCUGCGACGAUUUAUAUGAUUUUUGGAAGGUUAUUACAUGUUAUGAGGUGCCAAUCUUUAAUUUUGAUUUCUGCACGCUUUGGUACGACUUUCUUUGUUGUGGGAGAUGUGUUUAGUUUCUUUUUACAAGCUGCAGGUGGCGGACUAAUGUCUAAGGCAGGAUCAACGAAGACUGGUUCAGGACUCAUAACUGCGGGUCUUUUUGUACAGGUAAUUUUUUUUGGAUUUUUCAUUAUCAAUGAGAUAAGAUUCACAGUAAAUGUUAAAAGGAGAUGCUUAUUUUACGAAGAUAUUUCCAGAAAGUGGAUCUUUGUGAAUGCUACCCUAUUAUUAAGCAGUAUGUUGAUCCUACUACGUUCAAUUGUCCGAAUAGUUGAAUUUAUUCAGGGAUUCAAUGGCUAUAUAAUCUCUCAUGAGUAUUUCAUAUAUGUCUUCGAUGCUGUACCUAUGUUAUUGGUAAUAAUAGCAUUUAGUGUGGGAUCCUUUUUCGGCAACGUAUUCGAUGUUAUAAAGGAGUGUCAAACGUUAAGUAAUUAG